AAAAGUCAAUAAAAAAAAAGUCAAAAAGGAUAGGCUACAGAAAAUAAAAAAGAAAAAAUUAUUUAUAUUCGAAAAAUUUUCUUAUUAAAGAAAUAUUAAUUUAUACGCCAAUAUAAAAUCGAAACUAAACUUUAAGCCAUAAUAAACGAAAUAAAAAAAUACAUAAGCCAGUUAAUUUAGAAAUGUUUUUGCGGACAUGAAUGGUUUUAAUGGUCCGCGUGUUGUUACUAUACAUAAAAGUGAGACUGGAUUUGGAUUUAAUGUCAGAGGUCAGAUAUCCGAGGGCGGACAGCUACGUAGCAUAAAUGGAGAAUUAUACGCCCCAUUGCAACAUGUAAGUGCUGUUCUGGAAAAUGGUGCAGCUGAACGGGCUGGUAUUAAAAAAGGUGAUCGAAUAUUAGAAGUAAAUAAUGUGAAUGUUGAAGGUGCAACGCAUAAACAAGUUGUUGAUUUAAUCAAAUCUGGUGGUGAUUGUUUAACUUUAACUGUAAUAUCUGUAACACCACAAGAAGCUGAAAGACUUGAACCUCAAGAAGAUCAUAGCAGUCACUCAUGUCUCGAUUAUUCAGAAAAACGAUCUUUGCCAAUUAGCAUUCCAGAUUAUAGCAUUACUGACAGAAAUGGUGAAAGAUAUGUUGUAUUUAAUAUACAUAUGGCUGGGAGGCAGUUAUGUUCCAGAAGAUAUCGUGAAUUCGCAAAUUUACAUUCAAUAUUAAAGAAAGAAUUUGUGGGAUUUAAUUUUCCGAAACUACCAGGAAAAUGGCCAUUCCAAUUGAAUGAUCAACAAUUGGAUGCAAGACGUCGUGGUCUUGAACAAUAUUUAGAAAAGGUGUGCGCUGUACGUAUAAUUGCAGAAAGUGACGCCGUACAAGAAUUUUUAACAGAUUCUGAAGAUGAUAUACAAACAUCACCAGUUGAUAUAAAAGUUAUGCUACCAGAUCGUGAAGUUGUUUCCAUUUCAGUUAAAAAAUCAUCAAAUGCUCAGAUUGUUUGGAAUGUAUUAGUUCAAAAAGCAAAUUUAACAUCAUUUACACAGCAAUAUUUUUAUCUUUUUGAAAUAGUUGAAUAUAAUUUUGAAAGAAAAUUACAACCACAUGAAAUUCCACAUCAAAUUUAUGUUCAAAAUUAUAGUACAGCAUCAAGUACAUGCCUUUGUGUAAGACGUUGGUUAUUUACAAUUUCAAAAGAAUUAACUUUACCUGAUGAUGAACAAGCAAUUAAAUUUAUAUUUUUUCAAGCGAUUGAUGAAGUGAAUCGUGGUAAUAUACAAGCUGACGGCAGACUUUAUGAAUUGAAAGCAUUGCAAGAUGCUAAAAAAGCACUCGAUUAUUUAAAAUUAGCUAGAACUUUACCUGGUUAUGGUGAUGUUGUUUUUCCGCAUUGCUCUUGUGACAGUCGUAAAGGUGGUCAUGUUGUACCGUCUGUUGGUAUUAACAGUUUCAAGUUACAUGCAUGUCGCGAGGAUGGUACACUUGAAUCAUUAAUGGUUGAACUAAUUUGGGAUUCAAUUACAAAAUGGGAAAGUGAUGAAGAAUCAAUGGCAUUCUGUUUUCAAUAUAACCGUAGUGAUAAAUCUGCUAAAUGGGUUAAAGUUUACACGCCAUAUCACUCGUUUCUAUCCGAUUGUUUUGAUAGAAUUAUGGAAGAAAAGAAAUGGGCUUUAACAGGCAGCGAGUGAAAUAUUAAUUCAUAUAUUAUAUUUACUUAUUUAGAUAUUAAUAUGACAAUGUGUUUUAUUUAUGCAAUUAUUAUUAAAUAAUAUUAAAACAAGAAAAAUAUAUUAUAAAACUUUUACGAAUGAUUAUUAUUACUAUUAUUACUAUAUAUUUAAACGUUGAAAAAAGGAAAAUGUAUUGUAAUAUAUGACAUUUAAAAAUGAAUAAAAAGAAAUACAAAAAAUUAAAUUUAAAGAGAAAAUUAAAAAAAAUUCAAAAAAUUUAAAUGAUAAAAAUUAAAUAACUAAAAAAUUAAAGAAAAAAAAAACAAAAUUAAAAAUGUAAUUCAUUAUUAUUCCUAAGUAAUUAUUAACGACUGUAUAGUAGG